CUUCGCUCCAUACCUUGCACCAUGCCAUCCAGCCCUUGGGUGGGAGACGCAAUCCGCAUCCACGCCCCCCGCACCACAUGAUACACCGGAUUAUUUGUGGAUCCUGAAAUCCCAUUCACCAGCGCCACCUACCUCGCUUUUGUUAUAGAGCGCCGCCGGAGGAGAGACUGAGGAGCCCAUUUCAACCCGUCGCCAAUCUCCUGGGAUUCGAGCUUGGUUCGAGGGGUGUGGAAGAAGGCCGAAUGUUGGAGCCUGCGAGCUCCGACGGGGAUGCCGAGGGAGCGGAACUCCUCUUGCCGGAGUCCCGCGAGCGGGAGCUCCUCUUGCCGGAGUCCCUUGAGCGGGAGCGAUCGUGGCGGCUCAACUUCGAGGGCUUACGGAGGUCGGAGCUCCAAGAGAAGCCCCCCCGCGGCUUAGGUACUGGAGAUGUUGUGGCAGAAUAUUAUCAGCAGCAGGUAGAAAUGCUGGAGGGAUUUAAUGAAAUGGAUGCCUUGACUGAUCGUGGUUUUCUUCCUGGAAUGUCAAAGGAAGAACGUGAAAAGGUUGCCAAAAGUGAGAGAACAGCCAUUCGUAUAUCAAAUAUUGCAAACAUGGUUCUCUUCGCUGCAAAAGUUUAUGCUUCAAUAAGGAGUGGUUCUCUAGCAAUCAUUGCAUCUACAUUGGAUUCACUGCUUGAUCUGUUAUCUGGUUUUAUUCUAUGGUUUACUGCUUUCUCUAUGCAAACUCCAAAUCCUUACCAAUACCCUAUUGGGAAAAGGCGCAUGCAGCCACUGGGAAUUCUCGUGUUUGCAUCUGUUAUGGCAACAUUAGGUCUCCAGAUUAUUUUAGAGUCAGUGCGCUCGUUGAUAUCUGAUGAGGAUGAAUUCAGCUUGACCAAGGAGCAAGAAGCAUGGGUGGUAGGCAUCAUGCUAGCAGUGACACUUGUGAAGCUUGUUCUGGCUGUCUACUGCCGUUCAUUCACUAAUGAAAUUGUCAAAGCUUAUGCACAAGACCACAUCUUUGAUGUCAUCACCAAUGUCAUUGGCCUCGUGGCUGCACUCCUUGCCAACUAUGUAAAAGACUGGAUUGACCCUGUUGGAGCUAUUAUCUUGGCACUCUACACCAUCAGAACAUGGUCAAUGACCGUGCUGGAAAAUGUGAACUCCUUGGUAGGCCGAUCGGCAGCACCGGAAUAUUUACAAAAGCUGACAUACCUCUGCUGGAACCACCACAAGGCCAUCAGACACAUCGACACUGUGAGGGCUUACACAUUUGGUUCCCACUACUUUGUGGAGGUGGACAUUGUAUUGCCAUCAGAUAUGCCCCUGAGAGAAGCACAUGACAUUGGGGAGGCCUUGCAAGAGAAACUCGAGCGAUUGCCUGAGAUAGAGCGUGCAUUUGUCCACCUUGACUAUGAGUUCACCCAUCGCCCUGAGCAUGCCCGAGCCCAUGAUUUAUAGCCUACUGAAGUUGUUUAUCUUAUGAAACCGAUCAUGGAAAAAUGUUUGACUGUGAAAGGAUUCAUCUUUAAUAGCUUUUAUAUACCCCAAUCACCAGGGUUCAAUCUGAAACUUUGUUGAAAUGGAAGUAUUCUGAGCGCGUUUCAUCUAGACAUGCU